CAGAGAAAGUAAUGAGCCAGCAGUCCAGCAGGCUGUCCCAGGCCACCAAGGGCUCAAGGGGUCGCUCUGCUGUCGUGGCAUCCAGCCAGGGCUGUAUCAGCCCCACCAGGUCCCACUCAGCCUCGCGCUCUGGGGGAGGCAGUGCCUCCACAGCCUGUGCCAUGUUAGGGGGUGCCUUUGGCAGCCAGAGCAUGAACAGCCUUGGGAGGAGAAGGAAGGUCUCUCUCAGUGUGGCCAGAUGUGCUGUCCAGGCUGGGGGCUCUGAUGUUUGCUCAGGUGUCUUUAGAGGAAGCCUGUGUGGGGCUGGAGGAAGGGGCAAUGGAGACAGAUGUGGUUUUGGAGGUAUUCCUGGUGGAUCAGGGGGCCUUGGGGAUUCAGGGGGCUUUGGUGGUUUUGGAGGCAUUCCUGGUGGAUCUGGGGGCCAUGAGGGUUCAGGGGGCUUUCCCCUCAGCAUCCAGGAGGUGACCAUCAACCAGAGCCUCCUUCAGUCCCUGAACAUGGGAAUCGACCCUCUAGAUCAGGAGGGUGAAGACCGAGAGAAGCAGCAAAUCAAGAUGUUCAAUGACAAGGUUGCUUCCUUCAUCGACAAGGUGUGGUUCCUGGAGCAGCAGAACAAGGUCCUCGAGACCAAGUGGACCCUCCUUCAGGAGCAGGGCUCCAGUUCUAAUAGCAACGACAACAACCUUGAGCCUUUUUUUGAGAACUACAUCAGUAGCCUCAAGGCCUUCCUGGAUGGGCUGCACACAGAGAAGGACAAGCUGGAGGGUGAGCUGAGGAGCAGGGAGGAGACAGUGGAAGACUUCAAGAAGAGGUAUGAAGAGGAGACCAACAAGUGCAUGGCUGCAGAGAAUGGCUUCGUGGUCUUGAAGAAGGAUGUCGAUGUUACCUACAUGACCAAAGUGGAACUGGAGGCCAAGGUGGAGACGGUGACAGAUGAGAUCAACUUCCUGAAGACCUUCUAUGAUGCCGUGAGUGUGCUUUUCACGUACACCAGCGACACGUCUGUGGUCCUGUCCAUGGACAACAACUGCUGCCUGGACCUGGAUAGCAUCAUUGCUGAGGUCCGUGCACAGUAUGAGGCUGUUGCCCAGAGGAGUAAGGCAGAGGCCGAGGUGCUCUACCAGACCAAGUUGGGGGAGCUGCAGACCAUGACCGGCAGGCAUGGAGAUGACCUGAAGAACACCAAGAGCGAGAUCUCUGAGCUCAACAGAAUGAUCCAGAAGCUGCGGGCUGAGAUCAAGAGCACCAAGAAGCAGAAUGCCAACCUGCAGACGGCCAUCGCUGAUGCAGAGCAGGGCGGGGAGCUGGCCCUCAGGGACGCCAAUGCCAAGCUCCAAGACCUCAAGGCUUCCCUGCUGCAGGCCAAGGAGGACCUGGCCAGGCUGCGCUGGGAGUACCAGGAGCUGAUGAAUGUCAAGCUGGCCCCGGACAUUGAGAUUGCCAUCUACCGGACCCUCCUGGAAGGCGAGGAAUGCAGGAUGUCUGGCGACUGCCAGAGUUCUGUUAGCAUUGAGAUGGUACACAACACCAGCAGCGGAGGCGACAGCGGCUGUGCCCAGGGAGGGGCCGCCCUGGAAGGCAGAGCUGGGGCCCACAGGGGCCUGGGCUCUGGAGGGGGCUCGGUGGUACGCGGGGGCUUCUCUAGUUCAGGGGGCUCAUGUGCCAUCAGUGGGGGUGGCAGCAACAGCUCCCGCCAGGUGCCCCCCUUCCAGCCCCACAUCCCACUGGCUUGA